AUGGGGAGAGCACCUUGCUGUGACAAAGCCAACGUCAAGAAAGGACCAUGGUCGCCUGAAGAAGAUGCAAAACUCAAGUCUUAUAUCGAGCAGCAUGGUACAGGUGGCAACUGGAUAGCCUUGCCCCAGAAGAUAGGCCUCAAGAGAUGUGGGAAAAGCUGUCGUCUUAGAUGGCUGAAUUAUCUUCGCCCAAACAUUAGACAUGGGGGUUUCUCAGAAGAAGAAGACAACAUUAUCUGCAGCCUCUAUGUUAGUAUUGGAAGCAGGUGGUCUAUUAUAGCAGCGCAAUUACCAGGGCGUACGGAUAAUGAUAUAAAGAACUAUUGGAACACAAGGCUGAAGAAGAAGCUUCUUGGCAAGCAAAGGAAAGAGCAACAAGCUCAAGCUCGCCGAGUCAGCAACCUAAAGCAAGAUCAGAUGAUAAGAGAAACCACCGAGAAUUUGAUGGUGGGUUCUGGAGUUAUGAGUCAUGCUCCCUAUUGGCCUGCAGAGUAUUCUGUUCACAUGCCAGUGGCAAAUGCUUCCAUUCAAGACUAUGAUCUCAACAAUCAAACAUCCAUCAGAAGCUUAAUGAAUAUGAUAAACCAAGUGGCCAUACUGAGUAAUGCAAACAAUAGUGGCAGUACUUGUCAGCCAUCAAAUAUAUUUCAAGGGUUUUUUGAAAACUUACCAAAUGAUUUGAGUGAGCUGGUCUAUGUGAACCCGCAACAAAUAGAGGGUUUUUAUGGAAUGGAAUCCAUGGACAUGAGCAAUGGUAGCACCAUCACAACUUCAACAGAAAGCACUAGUUGGGGUGAUAUGAACUUUGGUUUACUCACCUUUGGUUUCUGA